ACACACCUUGGCAGACAUUAACAGAAAUAAAUGUAAAACAUGAAAUAAAACCUCUUCUUGGAAAGAACUUUUCAUGGUCAACCCACGCGGCUUUUUCUUCCCCAUAUGUGAUUUUUUCAUUAACUUGACACCCUCUGGUGGAUCUGACUUAUAUAAAACCCACCUUGUUAAGUAAAUUUGCCUUCUUCCCAGUUCAAGAUUUUAUUUUAAUUGUCCUGUUCCCUGUUCAACGUUGUUGGCUUUUGUUGCCUUUUGGGCGUCUCUUUCUCAAGUGCGAUUUAUAUGUACAUUUCGAGCUUUGGAGGUGGAACUUUUGAGUUGGUCAUCAAGACUUCUAAUCAAAAGUGAAGAAUUUGGGGCUUUUCUUGGAGCUGUACAGAACAAAAAUAUUGAGUUUGGUUGGUCUGAAUUGUUGUAAAGGUUUGACCUUUGGCCUUUGGGCAUUAUUUCAGGAGUUGGGCAAUUGAAAAUAAAGGGGCAUAGGUGUUUUCUCUUUGUUUCACUGUGGUCUAAUGAUAUGAGCUGUAUCUUGUCCAAUUUGCAAGAUGAGGGUUCAAGAAUGGAGUGUAUCUUUUUGUUGCUUUCUGGGUUUUGUGCUGCUUUUCACUGUGCUAGCAACCCGCGUGGAAAGCGAAUGGGAGGGGCGCGAAUCUUUACUGGCUUAUCUAUUAGAUUCAGGGGUGAUCAAUCAAGAGAUGUUGAUGAAAAGAGUCACAUUCACUCGCCAUUUGCGUCUAAACGUGUCUUACGGUUUUCCCCAACUGAUAAAGAAAAGCUUUUAUGACGAGAAACUCUUAUUGCAGGCUGAGUUGUUACGGGAUAAAUGCAUGCUUCAUUUGUUACAAAUUCAAAAAACUCUAAAAAAUCUCGAGGAGGAGGAGAACUUGAGCGCUAGUAACAACUUUCCAAAAUUUUGGCAUUUCGGAGCACAAGUACACAACCCAACCAAUGUCUUGGUCCCACAGGUUAAUCAAAUCCUCAUAGACUGUGUAAGGGAAAAAAAUCAAGAGAAAAGUUCGGAUACUUGGUACACCCCGUAUUUCAGCUUCCUAUUUAGCACAAGCUCGUCCUCAAUGAGACGUGUAUUACCCGAGACACCUGCACAAGCACCUGCUCCAUCCCCAACAGUUUAUUCUCCUUCACCGGAAUCUUCUAUUAUUCAUGUAUCUCCUCCAGAAAUUCCUUCUCGCCCACCUUUGCCUCCAUUUUUCCCUCCAAAUUCAAUUGACUCAGGAUUGCCGCCUAUUUCGAAUGGGACACACACUUCUAGAAGUGCUUCUGAUGUGAACUCGAGCAGUCAGGGGUCGAACAAGAGAACGGUGGUUAUUGCUGUUGUUGUGACUGCUUGUGUGACCUUUCUUAUAGCUGGGUUGCUGUUUCUUUUUUGUUGUGGAUGCUGUGGGGCCAUCAAGAGACGGCGUAGAAAUGACGAGAGGCCUCUUCUCAGCUUAACCUCCUCUUCACACAAGCAAUACAGUCCAGAAGCUUCCUUGCAUGAAGCAAAGCUUGGUAACAACCACCAGUCAUUCAACAACAUGAUGAACCACUCCAAAACCAGCGGGAAAUUCUUCACGGAGCCGCAUUCCUUGAGCCAUUCGAAAAUCGAGGUCGCGGUCAGGCCCACUACUGGACCAGCUGCCGCCAACUCAGCAGAAAAUACUUUACCGGCAUCUCCCAAAAUACCGGGCCCACCUGGACUGCCUCCACUGAAGCCACCCCCCGGAAGGACAGAGCCAUCUAAACCACCUGCCCCCACACCCCCACCCCCACCUUCCGGCGGCCCACCACCUCUGCCGCCACAUGGGCCACCACCGCCGCCACCGCCAGGUGGGCCCCGGCCACCACCACCACCGCCAGGUGGGCCCCGGCCGCCGCCGCCUCCUGCCGGCUUGAGACCCCCACGGCCUUCCAACUCCGGUCAACGUGCAUCUGCCUCGAGUGAUGAUGAUGAGGCCGGCACUAGCAAUAAAGCAAAACUGAAGCCUUUUUUCUGGGAUAAAGUACUGGCGAAUCCCGAUCAUUCUAUGGUUUGGCAUCAGAUCAAAUCGGGAUCCUUUCAGUUUAAUGAAGAAAUGAUUGAGAGUUUGUUUGGUUAUGCACCUGCUUCAGCUGUCAAGAACAAGAAUGAUGCAAAGAAAGAGACUUCGUCUCAGGAUGUUUCGCCCCAAUAUGUUCAAAUAAUUGAUGCGAAAAAGUCUCAGAAUCUAGCUAUUCUUCUCAAGGCACUUAACGUGACAACGGAAGAAGUUUGUGAUGCUUUAGAAGAAGGUAAUGAGCUUCCUCCAGAGCUCAUUCAUAAUCUGUUAAGAAUGGCUCCGACAGCCGAAGAAGAACUGAAGUUGAGAGUCUACACCGGCGAGCUUUCUCAACUGGGACCCGCAGAACGCUUUCUAAAGGUCUUGGUCAACAUCCCUUUUGCAUUCAAGAGGCUCGAAUCACUGCUUUACAUGUGCACUCUUCAGGAAGAGAUGACAACAUUAACUGAGUCCUUCUCUGUCUUGGAGGCUGCCUGUACAGAACUACGAAAAAGCCGAUUAUUCCUCAAACUUUUAGAGGCCGUCCUCAAAACCGGCAACCGAAUGAACGAUGGGACCUUCCGUGGAGGUGCACAAGCCUUCAAACUCGACACCCUUCUAAAAUUAUCCGAUGUCAAAGGCACGGACGGCAAAACCACCUUGUUGCACUUUGUCGUUCAGGAAAUAAUCCGUUCAGAGGGAAUACGGGCCGCCCGCGAAGCUAGAAAAAGCCCGAGCUUCGAGUCCGAAAAAAAUCCACUCGAAGAUAUUUCUGAUCAAGACUCGGACGAGCACUUGAGGAGCCUCGGCCUGAAAGUUGUGUCGGGCCUCAGUAACGAGCUCGAAAAUGUCAGGAGAGCUGCAGCCAUAGAUGCCGACAGCUUAACUGGGGCAGUCUCGAAGCUGGGCCACGGGCUCGUGAAAGCCCGCAAUUUCUUGAACUCGGAAAUGAAGAAUGUUCCGGAAGGAAACGGGUUCCUUCGGGUGCUGAGGAGCUUCGUGCAGAAUGCAGAGGUGGACGUGAGGUGGGCCCAGGAGGAGGAGAAGCGGAUAAUGGCGCUGGUGAAGAAUGCGGGGGAUUAUUUCCAUGGGAAUUCGGGGAAGGACGAGGGUCUGAGGUUGUUUGUUAUUGUACGCGAUUUUCUCGUGAUUUUGGAUAAGGUUUGCCGGGAAGUGAAAAAUGCACCGGCAAGAGUUAGGAUGGCCAGAAAGGAGGAUAUGGCGGCAGCACAGCCAGAUGGCCGGCAUAAGGCGGUUUCUCAGGAUGCCCGGGAGCGGCUGUUUCCAGCAAUCACCGAUAGGCGGGUGGAUAGUUCGAGCUCGGAUGAUGAGUCAUAGCUGGGUGCUUCUUUUUUCUUUUUUCUUUUCCUAUCUGUCUCCAUUUAGAUAGAAUGGGGGUGGAAUAUACUUGGUUGCAGCUGUGUUUUCAUGUCCACAAAUAUUGCCCUUGAGGUUUUUGGUCUAGUUCUAAAAGAAAGGUUCAAGUAUUCUUUAGUAAUAGAUAUGUCCCUUAAUAUAUGUUAAAAUUGUCCCUUCUGAGUGGGGAUUAUAUGUGAUCGGGAUGCUUACAUUCAUAAUUCAAAAGGAUAAUUGAGAUUUUAUGUGAUUAGAUUAGACUUCAAGGGUAGGUUUUGCAAAUAAAUAUAAUCUUAUGUUGAAUGGAUUCUGUCUCGUCUUGGAGGUUUUAGAGGAAGGCCAAGAGAGUGAGAUGUACAAUUACUGCACCUAAAGUUUGUACUUCAUUUUCAAAUAGUUUUACGGUUAAAUUUGGUUAUAUUUUCUGGAUUUUGUUGAACGUCUUAUUCUUCUUGACCUUGCACCUGAUUAUAAAUUCUUCCUACUGUCUGUAAAACCUUUGCUAGUUGAUAAUGUUCUUUAUUAUUC